UCUGUCAUCACUAGUUUCAUUUUUGGUUUGUUUUUUUGUUUUUCUUGUUUGUGUCGUGGAUUAUUAAAAAUUAUAGCCCAAGCCCUCACACCUCCACCUCCCGAGACAGUAGUCUUACGAUGUUAGCUGGAUUGCAGGAUUCUGAGCAACUAAACGGAGAAUAUCAACAAAUGAUCAAGUGCGUUAAAUCCACAGCAGUGCCAAUACAUACGAGCAAUUAUUGCUAACGUAAUAGGGAGAAUAAAUAUACAUACAUAGCAUUCCACAUUCCAUGCAUCAGCAUCAGCGCCAUCGAGGGGGCAAUGGUGCAUCAGCCCGCGAAGCAGGAUCACGGGGAGGAGGAGCAGGAGGAGGAUCAGCAAUGUCACAGUGCGGCAACUGUCACGACCAGCUGCUGCCCCACCUGGAGGAGCCGGUUGUGAUGGCGCUGGGGCAGCAGUGGCACUGCGACUGCUUCCGCUGCUCCGUAUGCGACAGCCACCUGCACAACUGGUACUUUGAGCGCGAGGGUCUACUGUAUUGUCGCGAUGACUACUAUGCGCGCUUCGGUGAUGCCUGUCAGCAGUGCACGGCGGUGAUAACAGGACCCGUGAUGAUAGCCGGGGAGCACAAAUUCCAUCCGGAGUGCUUCUGCUGCACGGCAUGCGGCUCCUUUGUCGGCGAGGGCGAGUCGUAUGCGCUGGUGGAGCGAUCAAAGCUCUACUGCGGCCACUGUUACGGAAAGAGAUCGUGCCAGCCGAUGCCGGCGGAUGCCAAAGCACGGAUAACGACAGCCGGCAAGCCAAUGCAUUCCAUACGCCUCGUGGAGAUACCAAAGGAUGCCACUCCCGGACUCCGUGUGGAUGGGGUGUCCCUCGACGAUGGCUGUCCCUCCGUUCGGAUCACAGAUUUAAUUUGUAAUUUUUAUGGCCGCAUGGGCGAGCACGCCUUCGCGUGGCUGAGCUCCGUGGCGGAUAAUUGCUGCGGUGCAAUCUAUAGGAUCGAUGUGAAUCUGACGAAUCUGCAUAUCGGGGACCGCAUCCUGGAGGUGAAUGGAACACCGGUGAGCGACUCUUCGGUGGAGCAGAUCGACAAGCUGAUACGAAGCAACGAGAAGAUGCUCCAGCUAACGGUGGAGCACGAUCCGGUGCAGGUCUGCCGCUCCUGCAGCCAGGCGGACAUACAGAGAGCCUCCUCCACACUGGUCCUGCCGCUUAGUACAUCGGCCUCCAGCGUAGAGGUGGGCGUGCGCGAGCGCGAGCGGGAGCGUCUCUACAAAUCAUCUGGAACUGGGCCCGAGCAGAGUGCCAAAGCGAGAAAGCUGCGGCAGGCCACUUCCUCAACAAUGACAACGACACCAGCAGCAGCUGUGGCAGUGGCAGCAGUGGCAGCAGAGGCAGCCGGGGCAGGAAUCCACACAACAGCACAGUUCAAGGAUAAGGAGCGCUGCUCGAGCAUGUCAAAGCUACUGGAUGACCAGCACACGGCCCAACAACACUCCGCCCAUCCGCAGCUGUACGAUCUGUCGCGGACGCAGAGCUGCCGCGUCGUGCAGAAGCCGCAGCGCAUUUUCCGUGCCUCGGAUCUCGUGAUUGGAGAGAAGCUGGGCGAGGGCUUCUUCGGGAAGGUCUUCAAGGUGACGCACCGGCUCAGCGGUGAGGUGAUGGUGCUCAAGGAGCUGCACCGCGCUGACGAGGAGGCACAGCGGAAUUUUAUCAAGGAGGUGGCCGUGCUCCGGCUGCUCGACCACCAGCAUGUGCUCAAGUUCAUCGGAGUGCUCUACAAGGACAAGAAGCUGCACAUGGUCACCGAGUACGUGGCAGGGGGUUGCCUCAAGGAGCUUUUGCAUAACUCCAGCGAGUCCCUCAGUUGGCCACAACGCGUUUGCCUAGCCCGGGACAUUGCCUGCGGCAUGAGUUACCUCCAUUCAAUGAACAUCAUCCACCGGGAUCUUAACUCGAUGAACUGCCUGGUGCGCGAGGAUCGUUCUGUGAUUGUUGCCGACUUUGGUCUCGCCCGGAGUGUGGAUGCACCGCGUCUGCCAUACGGCGGGGCAUCUGGAGCUGUUACUGGAGUUCCUGCUGCUGGAGGCAGCGACGCCAUGUCGCCGAGCAGCACUUUGAGGCGAAGCAAGAGCCGACAGCGAAGGCAACGCUACACGGUGGUUGGUAAUCCCUAUUGGAUGGCCCCGGAGAUGAUGAAGGGCCUCAAGUACGACGAGAAGGUGGAUGUAUUCUCAUUUGGCAUAAUGCUCUGUGAGAUCAUUGGACGCGUGGAAGCGGAUCCCGAUUUCAUGCCGAGGAACUCGGACUUUAGCCUUAAUCAGCAGGAGUUCCGCGAGAAGUUCUGCUCCAGCUGUCCGGAGGCCUUUUUUAAGGUGGCGUUCGUCUGCUGCGACCUCAAUCCAGAUAUGCGGCCCAGUUUUGAAACGCUGCACGUGUGGCUCGAGCAGCUGCGCCACCAUCUGAUCACUGAGCGACUGCCGCCCGUCCGCCUUCUGCACGAGAUCGAGAACUUCCACGAGAACUACCUCAGCUCGGAGGACGCCCUCUCGCCCACCUCCCAACGCAGUCUGGACAACCUCGAUGUGCUUGUGACGGCUUCUGCUGAAGCGCCCAAGGCGCCAGACAUCGAUGCAAGCAAUGCGGACGAUUCCUCGCCCUCGAUCCAAGAGAAGGAGAAUCUGGUGACUUGCGCUCAGGAGAUACCCAAGUCUCCUCAUCUGGGGAAGGAUUUCUCGCCCAGCGGCGAGCGGCUGCGGGACAGCAUGCGCGCCCGUCGCCGCCAGCGCUUUCUGGGUGCCCAGGAGGAGCGACGCAAUGUCACCCCGGAAACCCACUCAACGGAGCGGGUUCUGAAGCAGGCCCUGAAGAAGUGCCGUCCCUUUGGGGAGAAGGGCUACCUCGUCGACCUGCGUCCCGGCGCGGAGCUGCAGUUACACAACGUUCGCGACCUCAACAACUACUCGGAUUUGGACUCCAGCUGCGAUACGAGCCUCAAUUACCACGAGGUGAAUGCUCCUACUCCUACAUUGCCAGAGCCCAAGGAGGGGGCGAGCCAAGAUGCUGAGGUAGUGAUGUCCCCGCCUCGACCCCCGGCCCCAGAGCCAGAGCACCGCAUGGCCAUCGAUGAUAUGCGCACGCGACUGCACCAGUGCCGCAGUAAGUUCGAGCACCUGGAGGAGGCGAGCCGUCGCAAUUUCAGCCAAUCGCAGAGCUCUAUGCGCAACUUCUUUAAGACGCCGCCGGUAGCCCUGAAGAUGUUUCAGAGGCUGGAGCACGAGGCGGCCGCCGCCGGCCUCAAUGGCAACUGUCCCCCACCGCCACCACGAACCCAGCGCAUUAAUCAGACGCCUAUAUUUGGGCGCCGCAAUCCGCUGCCAGCGCAACAGAAGCAGGUCCAACAUGCCGAUUCCCUCGAGAAUCUGGCCACGAAUACGUCCGGGCACGGCAAGCAGACACCGGCACUGGCACCCAAGCGGAGCAAGGCUGCCACCAGCAGCAGCCAGAACACCGGCCCCGCCGAGGUGCACGGACUCUUGGCUGCAGCUCCGUCCGGGUCUCAGCUUUUGUUCCAUCGAGUGGCCAGUGACAGUAGUCCAGUAACGGUAGCUACAGCAGCUUGCCCAGCAGCCCCCCCGGAUUGGCUUCCCAAGAAGCACAAAAUGACUCUCCCCUUGCCGACCCAACGGUCCAGCAACCAGCGCCAGCCUUUGGGCAGCCACAAGACAAAGCUGCCCAAAAGCCCCUUCAGUCGUUCGUAUGCACAGCCGCCACAAACGUCCCCCAGCCACUGCAAUGCAUCGCCAACGCGGCCCCGUCCGGUAUCACCCAGCAAGCAUUUGGCUCAAAGGCACACUGCGGCCACCGCCCAGCGCCUGAGCAACGUUGUUCCCGUUCAUCAGCAGCAGCAGCAGCAUCAGCCAUCGUCGAAGACAACCCGUCUGAACAUCCUCAGUCCGGAGAGGGUGCAUCGUCUGGGGGCACGACUCAGCGACCAGAAACAGAAAAUGCGGGAGGAGGUAACCACGGCAGCGGCAACAGUCGGCGGUGGAGGAGUUGGAGGCGUAGCGGCCACAUUGGCGGAUGUCAGCAAUGGUCAUGGACGGUCCGGGUCGACCGGUGUGGCAGGUGGUGCCGCCGGGGAGAGACGAAGAAGGCCACCGCCGCCACCGCCGGUGCGCAGUCAUUUCAAUACGCGCUGCUAGCUGUCACAUACCUGUUAUACAGGGAGAGACAUGUGGAAAUUGUAAGUCCUUAGCUGUGAGAAAAUUCCGGUAAACUGUUAUAAACAGUAAGUCGGUUCCACUUUUAGCCACAGCCACAACAUAACUGGUCGAACUGUUAUACGCACAAGACAGAAACACACGCACAUACCAUAUAACACAUUCCAACCGAAUCCAUAAAUCAGUCAACGAAAAGCGAAAGAGGGGAAGAUGAAACGCGUAUAGAAUUUAUGCUCAUUCAAAACUGAAAACUGUUCCAUCAUGCUCUCCGUCUUGGAAUGCAUACGAAUCAUAACGAAGGUUAAGUGCCUGCGCGAUAAAGCGAAACAAAAUCAAGAUGCAAUAUUUACAAAUUACUCGUUAUAAAAACAGUUAUAUAGUGUAAUAUAGAAUCGAAUAGAAACCCCCAAACAGAACAACUAAUGCUACUGCUUAAGAUUUCGUAACAGGCUCCUCCGCACCGACUGUUACUAAACGAAAACAGCAAAAAAGAAAACCACUCAUAUAUUAGGUUUAAGCUCAUGUAUCCUGUGAACCGAUUAGCGAGAAAGAGGAGAUGAAACGUAAACUUGUGCCAUGCCCAGUGAUACAAUAUGGAAUCCUGGGAUUGAGCGAUGUGCGAAAGAUAUAAUAUUUACAUAUGUAUGUACAUAUGUACAUAUGUAUAUGGCGAAGAGAGAACCCACCCAACAAAAUGAAAAAAAGACAUUAAUGAGUACAUUUUUUUUGAAAAUUGUGGUUAAAAAGUGUUUUUGUAUACAUACAUAUGUAUGUAUAUAUGUACCAAACACUUAGAUAAUUCCAUAGAGCCACUAUGUAUGAUAUCUAUCCAUACGUACAUACAUAUGUAUGUGUGUACUUUUAUUCCAUGUUAGUGCUUAAAUCUAAUUUAUUAUUUAUCGAUCGAUUCUCCAUGAACAAUAAUUAAUAGCAUUUUGUAUUGAGAAACAAAAGUCUAACUUGUAUUUAAUAUAAUAAUACUAUUGUGUAUGUAUGUACAUACAUAAAUAUGUAAAUAUGAAUUCAUUUACAUUUGUGUGUACAUAUAUGCGAACUCUUUAGCUCAAAGAAGGCAUCUUUAGAUGUUAAGCCACAUGCACAUUGCUAACUGUUAUACACACACAUACCCAUCAUACAUACAUACUACUUAAUGCUGUUCAAGGAAUAUGAAGGAACUGUUAUACUACACUUGAUAUUUACAUUAUAAAACGCUUGUAAUUAAUAUAUGUAUAGCUUCAUUGCCAUAUAUGUACAUAUAACAUUCAAGUAUUUAUUUGUUUGUGUUUGUUAUACGGUAUAACAAGUAUCAAAGCGCAAUGAUCGUAAAUGUUUCCAUUGUCUUACAUACUCCUAUAACACACAUGAUUGUUAUACAGUAUAUCAGUUUUAGCACACGCUAAACACAAUAAUUUCUAACGUGCAAGUUGCCAUAUAACACUUAAGUGCGUGAAAUGUACUGUUUUAUAGUAUAACAGUUGCUGCACAAAUAUUUACAUACUCGCGCCUCAAUGUUUCGACUAAAAACUUUAUCUAGUAUUUAAUGAUAAUAGAAAAUAUUUGUGGCUAUUUUUGUAAAUGUAUGUACAUAUAAGUAUGUAAAUACAUAAAUAUGUAUGUAUGUAAACACAGUUGAUAAUUAUAAUGUAUAAUUCUGGAAAAACUCAAACGCCCACAACAUACCAUACAUACAGCAUUCCCUCCUCACUGGAAUUAAUUUUUAUUUUCUGUUAUUC